CCCGCACCGAUUGGCGUCGUUGCUGAUGCUCAGACUCGCACCAUACCGGCAUCGAUCAGAUCCCGCACCAUGGCCCCAUUCAUCCUUGUUCCUGUCGCGGUACUCGCUGCCCUGAGCGGCGCGGCCGCCCGUGACAUCUUUGUGUCCCCCACUGGCACCGGCACGGGGACCCUGGACGCCCCGCUCGGCUCCGUGCAGUCUGCUGUCGCCGCCGCCGUCGCCGGCGAUACCAUCUUCCUCCGGAAAGGCACAUACGCGCCGUCGGCCAACAUUCAGAUUGCGAAAUCUGGCACCAGGACGUCGCCCAUCACCAUCCGGCCUUACCAGGGCGAAAAGGUGAUUAUCGACGGCGGGAACAUGCCCGGCACCCCCAAGGCCCUGGGCGAAGCACUGCCCAACCCCGAGAGAGGCGUCUUCCACAUCCAGAACGCCAACUACUGGGCGCUGUACGACCUGGAAAUCAUCAACGGCCCCUACGGCAUCUACGCCCGCGACGCCUCGCACAACUACUACGACGGCCUGUCGACGCAUGACAACUACGAGACGGGCUUCCAGCUCGAGGGCGCCUCGGCCAACAACACCGUCGUCAACCUCGACUCGUACCGCAACCGCGACCCCCGCAAGAACGGCGAGAGCGCCGACGGCUUCGCCUGCAAGUCGGGUUCCGGCGAGGGCAACGUCCUGCGCAACGCCCGCCUCUGGGACAACGUCGACGACGGCCUCGACCUCUUCAUGUUCGCCAGCCCCGUCACCAUCGACCGCGUCUACGCCUGGGGCAACGGCUACAACCGGCCCGAGUGGGCCUUUUCCCCCUUCGAGGGCGACGGCAACGGGUUCAAGCUCGGCAUCACGGACAACCCGCCCGCCAACCACAUCGUCAGCAACUCCAUCGCCUUCGGCAACUUCAAAAAGGGCUUCAUCGACAACGGCAACCCGGGGGCGCUGACGUUCGACCGCAACACGGCGUGGAACAACGGCGACACGGGCUUCCACAUGCGCAGCUCGUCCUCCCGCAUGACGGGCAACGUCGCCGCCGCCAACGCCGGCGCCGCCCAGGUCAGCCUCGUCGCCACCGUGACGGCCUCGGGUAACUCGUGGAACUCGGGCUCCUGGUCCAACAGCUCCUUCGUCAGCCUCGACGCCUCCAUCCUCAAGGGUCCUAGGGGCCCCGACAAGAAGGUCCAGGGCAGCGACUUUCUGAUCCCCAAGUCAGGCCAGGCCAUCGGCGCGACCACGCGCUAAGGGGGCUCCAGUGCCACCUCAGCUUCAAUGUAUUUAUUCUACACUUUUUCUCUAUAGUACAUACACAUCACCUUAAGACUUGGGUUCACCCUUAGAAUAGUGACCAUGACAAAAGCCGUGUAUGGAAAGUCAUGUUCCUCUCAUCAAGCCGAGCAGCUGAUUUUGGCACGUGAAAAUUGGAAACCUGCGAGACACCUUUCCCUUGCAACCAACUUCUCUGCCCUCCAACCUGGAUAACGCCUA